CGGUGGCGUUAAUACGUAAGUGCGGUGGCGUUAACAUGUAAGUACCAUGGUUUGAUGUCAUUAAGCAUAUUACUACAAGGUUCUUUGGAACCCACUUCAUUCAAUUUAUUUCUGAAGUAUUAACACGAUUUUAAAAUUAGACCAAAAAGCUGCCUGAGAUUGGCCAACAUUGGGAAUGCAGUUUAUGAGUUUCAAUGGCAAUGAAGUACAAGUUCUUUUUCAGAAGCAUAGAAAUUUUGCAAAAGUGGGAGAAGCACUAACCUAAUUUAUUUCCAAGCAAUUGAGGGGGGGGGAAGAAGCAAAGAGAAAAUGACUGUAGCACCAUCUAUUAAGGAAAACAAUUAGCUAAAAUGUCAGAAUUUCAAAAGUAUUAGAAAGAAUUGGAUUGGAAUUAAUGCCGUUAAAGAAGAAGAAAAUAAUACCUAAAGAAUGUAAAGUAACACAGAUUUGAAAUAUUGAAGUUUUUUUUAUAAUAUUACUUUUUUGCUUAUUAUAUUUUUCCUUCUCUUAUAGUUAUGAUAUUAAGUCGCUGCAUGGAUCAUAUGACCUUUGUGCAUAGUCGAUAUCUGAGUGUAUACCGUGAUGCUGAGCGUCAACAGUUUGAAGAACUGAUGACGAAAAAAGCACAACAGUUGGCAAAAUUGAAUGCAGAAGUAUUCCUUAAUGAAAGUAAGCUACAGAAAGAAGAUUGGGAUGCUAUUUCCAUGGCUCCUUCCUACAAAGUAGAUACAGCAGUGGAUAAAGAAGAGGAACCUUUAUACACACCUCUUCACAAAUGGGCAUUCAGGCAUCAAGUUCCAGGGAAAUGAUCCAAAUUUUAAGAUAGAGCUAUUUAACUGAACAACUAAUUAUAGCCUCUUUUCUCAAAACUAAAAUAACAGAUUUAAAUAUUCUUGAGAGAUUAUUAUGCAUAACUAAUUUUUAAAACCAAGAUUUCUUUUUGUACAUGGCCCAGCACAUGAAUCUGACAGCUUUUAAAUUAAGCAGAUGAACUCUGUAUCAGGUAUAAGAAAAACAUUUCAAACAGAAAAAAAGAAUUAUGUGACAAGCAAGAGAAAAAAAGGUGGAUCAAGGCAGCUUAAAGACCAAGACUUCAGGAAUGAAAAGAACGAGAGCAAAAAAUUACUCUAAUAGAAUUGGUAAAGAAGUUUCAGAUUCAUCAAAUAACAGAGGAAAAGGGGUUACACUUUGUUAUUAGGGCCAAAAUUAGACAUCUGAAUCACUGACGACAUGGAGAGAGGAGUGAAUUGUUAUGUUUCAAAUCUUGGCAAAAUGCAACCAAGUUUUUGUGUCAUACAAUAACUGGUGAUGAGAAAUGGGCUCUAUACAAGAAUGUCAAAUGAAUAAAAUAUUACUUUUAAGUCAAGGAAAUCUCCAGGAUCCAUUGCAAAACAAAGAUUACAUCCAUAAAAGAUUCUGCUAUAUAUCUGACAGGAUUUCAGAGAAAUGAUGUAUCAGGAGUUACGGCUGCCCAAUCAAAUGUUAAAUAAGGAAAUAUGCUGACAACAGUUACCCCAGAAAAGCAUCUAUCACUGGCGAAUCGCCAGGGAGUAACAGUUCUUCAUAAAAAUGGAAAAUGUAUUCAGUCUCAGAGAAAAUUGAGAGUUACAAAAGCAUGCUGUAUAGGGUGGAAUCUUAUAUAGCAAUUCUUCUUCCAUUCACCUAAUAUAACUAUCUGUUUUGGUCGUUAUGCAACUUUAUUUGGAGACACGGUAGAUGCACAAGAUGCAGAAAGAUGAUGAUGUAGAGGAUUCUUCACUCUGAACUACAAACUUCUUCAGCAACAACAAAGAAGAAUUCUGCAUAUGGGAGAAAACAGCUGAAUUUGUAAUUAUAUGCAUUAUAUUAAGAAGUCAGUUUAUAAAAAUUGAAAACAAAAAUUUAUUCUAUGUAACUAGUCUGUUAUGGUGAUCUCAAUAAUUUUUAUGUCUACUAUCCUAUUGCUACAACUACAGUACAAAGUCCGUAAUCUGGACUCGACGGGACUUCGGCGAUUCCGGAUUAUAGAUCAUCAAUUUAAAUCUGGUAAGAUGGCAUGCAGAAAUUAUACAAUUAAAAAUAUGAAACCGUAA